AUGUCGUCGGGCUUGGAUGAUUUAGAUUAUCUCUCACCUGACUUCGACCUCGCCUCACUGACUGUUCCGCGUCUACGUGCGAUUCUCGUUAGCCACGAUGUCUCGUAUCCGUCGUCGGCCAAAAAGGCCCAGCUCAUCAGCAUUUUUGAGCAGGAAGUUUUACCCAAAGCAAGAAAGCUUCUUCGUGAUCGAGAGCGUGUCCGCCGCACGAGUGCUGGGAUUACAGACAUGAGUAGCCAGUCCAACUCUGAAGCCAAUGGUGAUGGGGACGAUGAUCAUGAUAGGGACUCCAUGCCACCACCGCCAGCAACACCAUCUACUGUAUCAACCACCGCGGGAACCAGACGCGCACGCUCACGGCCGAGCACACGAGCUUCAACCGUCGAGACGGAGGACAGUGCUUUACUGCAAGCCACUCCAAGGCGCCGGGGUCGCCCUAGCAGAACGACCCGCGCGUCAGAUGCCGAAAUAACGGAUGACAAUCUUUCCACUCCUGCCAUAACAGAAGCUACACCUCAGCGCCGAUCCACUGCUCGUAAAACCCGCAAGAGUGAAGCGGUACCAUCGUACGAUGAAACGGUCGCAUACACACCAAGUGUUAGGGCCGACAGCCGUGCCGGCAGCGUUUUCACAGACGAAAAUCCUUUUCAAAGUGGAAGUUCACCGACUUCUUAUGAACAGACGCCACGAGCUCGAACUGUUAGCGGAGAGCGUAAACGGCGAAGCACACCUCGGGUUUCGGCUGAGAGCAGUUUAACAGCCGAACGGCGGGCUAAACGAGAUUCAGGACGGCCGGUCAAGAUUAAGCAAGAGGAAGAUGUACUCACACCUCGGAGGUCAACAUUUGAAUUUCCCGUUUCGCGCCUUCGGACAGCUACCCCAGAGUUUGAAGACGAGUCUGAAGCGGAAGCGGGCGAGGAAUUCACGCCAGAUGAGCAAUUAGCACUCGAGACAGCUGAAGCUCAGUCGCGAUUAGUUACCAGGCGCCGCCAAGGAGAUAUAUCAUACAAAUUACCGUUUACUGUACUCAUGCUGCUUCUGUCUGGCUUUGGAGCCUGGUGGCGCCAGGAGAAAGUCGAAAUUGGCUUUUGCGGAGUUGGGAAGCCUAGGUGGUCUCUUGCCAACACCAACGUGCCAGAGUGGGCAAACGUGCUAGAGCCUCAAUGUGAACCCUGUCCGCCGCAUGCCUACUGUUACGACAAUUUCGAGGUCAAAUGCGAUAAUGACUUCGUGCUAAAACAGCAUCCACUUUCACUCUUCGGCUUAGUUCCUAUUCCACCAGAGUGCGAACCUGAUAGCGAGAAAUCCAAUCGCAUACUCUCGGUGGCUAAUAAGGCCAUCGAAGAGUUGCGGGAGCAGAGAGCGAAGUAUGAGUGCGGAGACGGCGAAAAAGUUGAAUCGCCCUUCAUUUCUGAACCCGAACUUAAAGACGCUGUGGCAAAUCAACGUCGCGUUAAGAUGAGUGAUUCAGAGUUUGAUGAUCUCUGGGCAUCAGCCAUCGGUGACCUUGUUACUAGAGAAGAGAUUACGACGAGUGAAAAACCUUCAUCCCGCGCGUUCUCAUCCAACUCCCUCGCCCGACUCCCCAUCGGCUGCGCAUUCCGCCGCCACCUCCGACUCUCUCUCCUCGCGUAUCGACUCCCUAUUUCAAUUCUAGUCAUAGCCAUUGCGGGCUUAGCGUACCUCAGAGCUCAAUUUCUUGCUCGACGGUCAGACAUUGCUCGCGUUCCCGAGCUUGUUGGGACGACACUUGACCGUCUCUCGACUCAAGCGGCCCUAUAUGCACGGGGAGAAGCGCCCGAAUCCUGGAUAUCGGUGAGCCAGUUGCGAGAUGAUGUGCUGCGGUCUGAGCUUCGCGGGGCUCGUCGGGAGGAACUUUGGAAGCGAGUGCGAGCCGUGGUUGAAGGCAAUGCCAACGUGCGGGCAGCGGUUCGAGAGGGUCGUGGUGGCGAUGUUGCUCGUGUCUGGGAGUGGAUUGGCGGUUUGGGCAAUCACUUAGAUGGGGUUCGCCGGCAAAGUGGACAUGUGCGUUUCUCUUUAUCUCCAGGAGAUGAAACAUCCUUCGCGAAUAGUGAGGAUGACAGUCUUUUGCGCAGCCCGAGAGAAUCUCGCAAAUGGGAUGAAGGACGUCCUAUUUAUUGA